ACAUUGAAGUCUGAUGAAUUGGCAAGCUGCAUCCUCUGCUCAGGCAGGCAGCUAACACUGGAGCUCCAAGAACAGCAGCACUAAGCAGCUGUAACAAAUUAGCAGUCUUAACAACUCUCCACAGCACUGACAACAAGGGUCUGAUGAAGACAUACUCAAUCAAUGGGAGAGAGCGCUCCUGUCAAUUUCUGUACUCCGCUUCCCCGGGAAGCACAAGGCACCUGAAGCAUUUCUGAGCCCAAUCAAUGCAUUGACCACCUCAUGGCAGUUUUCAACAUCACCCACUCUAACCCUUCAACAUUCUUCCUAAUGGGCAUCCCUGGCCUGGAAGCUGCCCACAUCUGGAUUUCCAUCCCUUUUGCUGUAUUCUACAUUAUCGGCCUGUUGGGAAAUUUCACACUUCUGUUUGUUGUAUACAAAGAGCAGGCUCUUCAUAAUCCAAUGUACCUUCUGCUCUGCAUGCUGGCGCUCACAGACAUCACCACACCUACUUUCGUCAUGCCAAAUGCACUGUGUAUAUUUUGGUUCAAUUUGAAAGGUAUUACUAUGGGCGGCUGCUUCACCCAGAUGUUUUUCCUUCACACUGUUUCUCUUAUGCACUCCGCCAUCCUCGUGACAAUGGCCUUCGAUCGCUACGUUGCCAUAUGUAACCCUCUCAGAUACGCCACCAUCCUCACCAAUGCACGAAUAGCUAAGCUAGGGCUCGUGGGUUUGAUAAGAGCUGUUCUCUUCAUUCUGCCUCUGCCCCUGCUCCUGAGCCGGCAGCCAUUCUGUACAAAUCGUAUUAUCCCUCACACACAAUGCGAGCACAUAGCUGUGGCGAAGAUGUCAUGUGGGGAUAUUACAGUGAACAGGACAUACGGCUUGGUGCUAUUCUUUGUAGUCAUCAUGUCAGACCUGACGCUCAUUGCCCUGUCCUAUGGUCUGAUCAUCAGGGCCGUUCUCAGACUCUCCUCCAAGGAAGCCCACCAGAAAGCCCUCAACACCUGCACAGCCCACAUCUGUGUGAUGCUGACGUAUUAUACUCCCAGCCUCUUUUCCAACCUGACAAACCGGUUCGGUCAGGGCAUAGCUCCCCACAUUCACAUCAUCUUGGCUGACCUCUAUCUCCUCAUCCCUCCCAUGCUCAACCCAAUCAUUUAUGGGGUCAAAUCCAAAGAGCUUCGUGACAAAGUGGGUAAAUACAUCUGCAGAAAGUGA